ACUUGUUUAACUCUUCGCUUGCAAAGAAGUUCAAAAACAAAAAAUUACAAAAUGUUCAAAUUGUUUGCUGUCUGCUUCUUGGCUCUCUUCGCUGUUGCCUUCGGUGCUGCUAAACCCGGUGUCUUGGCUGCUCCAUUGGCUUACUCAGCUCCUUUAGCUGCCCCAGUUGCUGCUGCCUAUGCCGCUCCAGUCGCCGCUGCUUACUCCGCUCCCCUCGCCUACACUGCAGGAUAUGCUGGUUACGUCGCACCCUACGCCAGCAGCUACUCAGCUCACUCGAUUGCCCACUCCGCCGCUUUCCCAGCUGCCUAUGCCGCUGCUCCAGUUGUCGCCGCUCCAGCACCAGUGCUCGCUGCUGCUCCAGCCGUCGCUGUGUUGCUAAGUGGUUUCUUAGACACUGAUAUCACAAUUCGUUUAACUCUUCGCUUGCAAGAAGUUCAAAAACAAAAAAUUAGCAAAAUGUUCAAAUUGUUCGCUGUCUGCUUCUUGGCUCUCUUCGCUGUUGCCUUCGGUGCUGCUAAACCCGGUCUAUUGGCUGCUCCAUUGGCUUACUCCGCUCCUUUAGCCGCUGCCCCCGUUGCUGCUGCCUAUGCCGCUCCAGUCGCUGCUGCUUACUCCGCUCCCCUCGCCUACACUGCAGGAUAUGCUGGUUACGUCGCACCCUAUGCCAGCAGCUACUCCGCUCACUCGAUCGCUCACUCCGCCGCUUUCCCAGCUGCCUAUGCUGCCGCACCAGUAGUCGCCGCUCCAGCACCAGUAGUCGCUGCAGCUCCAGCCAUCGCUGUGUUGAAGAAAUAGAAAACGAAUGCAAUUUUCAUGAUGUUGUCGAAAGUACUAACCCAAUAA